UCCACUUUCCUUAUUUAUGUGCCCACCACUAACCUGCUUUUCCCUUUUCCGUUUCCCCCUCUCCCUUCUCUUCCUUCUUCUUCUUCUUCACUUCUCUUCAUCGACAGGAUACCCCCCGACCCUUAGUCCCUCCUAUUACUUGAUCCACCCCCCAUCCCCUCCAUCAUCACCUAAACUCUCCCUUCCCCACCGCAAGCUAGAAAAAUGACCCAAGCCGAUGUCGAAUAUGAAUACGAGGCCCUGCCCGAGAACUCCUCCCUCGCCGCAAGUCUGAUGGCCGGUGCCCUUGCUGGUGUUGCCGAGCACGCCGUCAUGUACCCAGUCGACUCUAUCAAGACCCGUAUGCAGAUCCUCCAGCCCACACCCCAGGCAGUCUAUAGCGGCGUUAUCAACGCUGCUUCAAGAAUCUCAACCACAGAGGGCGCCAGAACCCUGUGGAGGGGUGUCAACUCCGUGAUCAUGGGUGCUGGUCCCGCUCACGCUCUCUAUUUUGCCACAUAUGAGGCUGCCAAGGAAGCCUUUGGCGGUAACGCAACUGGACACCAUCUUUUUGCAGCAGCUUCUGCCGGUGCAUGUGCUACGAUCGCCCACGAUGCUCUGAUGAACCCAUUUGACGUGAUCAAGCAGAGGAUGCAGGUCCAUGGAUCCGUCUACAGAAGUGUUGCCGAGUGCGCAAGCAAGGUCUACCGGGCCGAGGGGCUCCGGGCCUUCUACAUUUCAUAUCCCACCACCCUGACCAUGACCAUCCCCUUCCAGUCCAUCCAGUUCGCCACCUACGAAUAUCUGCGCAAGGUGCUCAACCCUUCAGGACAGUACGAUCCCAUGACCCAUAUCAUGGCUGGAGGUGUCGCUGGUGCCGCUGCCGCUGCUGCAACCACACCAUUGGACGUUGCCAAGACCCUGCUUCAGACGCGUGGCGAAUCUAAGGAUUUGAGGAUAAGGAACUGCAACGGUCUCGUUGAGGCAUGGAGAUUGAUCUAUCAGCGCCAGGGACUCGCCGGUUUUGCCAAGGGUCUUCAGCCUCGCGUCCUGAGCCAUAUGCCAUCGACAGCCAUCUGCUGGAGCGUGUACGAAUAUGGAAAGUUCUUGCUCACUCGCGACAGCUUGGACAAGCAGCCGAUCAUGACUUGAGCGUCUUUUCCCUCUUGCUCUUGCUCUUGCUCUUGCUUUCUUGUGUUUUGCUAUCCCUCUCUUCGACCUUAUUCCCCAUCCGAUCUUGUCCUUUUAUCAUGAAAAAAAGUGUUUUAUAUUGUUUUUUGUCUAUACAUUCUUUCUCUACUCCACUCAACUUGCUUCCUUUUCACCCCCCAAAAGUGAUGCAUCCCCAGCUCUUGUACGAUAGGUAAUAGUUUUUUUUUUUUGUUCGUGUGAAUAUAGU